AGACUGAGCAUGCAUCGACCACAACAAGGUCUGCACGACUCCUGCACGUCCAUAUUAGAAGAGGUCGACAGUGGAAUAUUUUUUUAUAGAAAUUGAGCCCCAUUGUUAAUUUGAAAUAACCUGAAUUGUCGGAAAGGAUAAAUCUCCCUCUUCUUUUGCGUCUCCUGCUGGCGUGCAAACAUCAUUCCCGCGCCAGUGGAUUUCUAAUCGAGCAGCAAAUUUGCAGGCUGAUGGAACACAAAAGUCAAGCCUUGUUUAUUGUUUUUUAAUUCCUUUAACCACAAUGUCGAGCUGCGUCAACGGACCAUCUUCUGCAGCUAAAUGCAAAACUCGGUGGACCGCUGACGCCACAGGUGAACACAUGCGUGGAUAUUGAAGGACCAGCCAACAUCCGCACCGUGACGAUGGACCUGCAGGUGGACAGAGAAGACGUGGACGCAGACCAGCCGGCGCCCAUUGAAGUUUUCGCGCACAGGUCCACCUUGCACGGAAUCUCGCACAUUUUCACCUACGAGCGCUUCUGCUUCCGACGCUUCCUGUGGCUCGUCUUCUUCUUCGCCUCCAUGGCCGUGCUGGUGUUCAUGUGCGUGGACAGGAUCCAUUUCUACCUGGAGUACCCGCACGUCACCAAACUGGAUGAGGUCACGACCCCGAUCAUGACCUUUCCCGCGGUCACUUUCUGCAACCUGAACGCUUUCCGCUUCAGUCGAGUGACGCGCAAUGACUUGUAUCACGCAGGGGAGCUGCUGGCGCUGCUCAACCACAGGUAUGAGAUCCGAGACUUGCAUCUUGUGGAAGAAAGUGUUCUGGAGAGUUUGAAGGUCAAAGCUGACUUCCACAACUUCAAACCGCGGCCUUUCAACAUGAUGGAAUUCUACGACCGCACCGGCCAUGACAUCAAUGACAUGCUGCUCUCUUGUCACUUCCAUGGCACUGAGUGCAGAGCUGAAGAUUUCAAAGUGGUUUUCACUCGUUACGGGAAGUGUUACACCUUUAACGCGGGUGGUAAUGAUCGCCCUCCCCUCAUAACUACCAAAGGAGGAAUGGGAAACGGAUUGGAGCUCAUGCUGGACAUUCAGCAAGAUGAGUACCUGCCUGUGUGGGGAGAAACAGAUGAGACAUCUUUUGAAGCUGGGAUCAAAGUGCAGAUUCACAGCCAAGAUGAACCUUCUUUUAUCGAUCAGCUUGGGUUCGGAGUGGCCCCUGGGUUUCAGACCUUUGUCUCUUGCCAGGAACAAAGGCUGAUAUAUCUUCCACCCCCCUGGGGAGACUGCAAGGUGACCCCCAUGGACUCUGACUUCUUCGAUACUUACAGCAUUACAGCUUGUCGCAUUGACUGUGAAACACGCUACCUGGUGGACAACUGUAACUGCCGCAUGGUUCACAUGCCCGGCGACGCACCCUACUGCACCCCUGAGCUGUACAAAGAAUGCGCUGACCCUGCUCUUGACUUCCUGGUGCAGAGAGACAAUGAUUUCUGCGUGUGCGAGACACCAUGCAACAUGACCAGAUACAGCAAAGAACUGUCCUUUGUAAAAAUCCCCAGCAAGGCAUCUGCUAAAUAUCUUGCAAAGAAAUACAAUAAAUCUGAGCAGUACAUUAAGGAAAACAUUUUAGUGUUGGACAUCUUUUUUGAGGCUCUCAACUAUGAAACUAUUGAACAAAAGAAGGCUUAUGAAGUGGCUGGACUUUUAGGUAUGACAUCACAUGUUUGCAAUAUGACAACAACUUUUUUAAACCUUGGUUCAAUUAACUUUUGCGCUUUGAUUCCAGGUGAUAUCGGUGGACAAAUGGGGCUUUUUAUUGGUGCCAGCAUACUCACCAUUCUGGAGAUAUUUGAUUAUCUUUAUGAAGUGAUAAAGUACAAGCUGUGUCGCUGCUCUGAUAAGAAGCAUAAACACAACAACAACGAUCAGGGUACUGUGCUGAGCCUUGAUGAUGUCAAGUGUCACGUCAGUAACUUUCAUUAGAAGAGUUUCAGAGAGGGUUUUUGGACUUUGUUUAGUGCUGAAUGCCAACAGACAAAGUGUCUCAACUGUGCCUGACCUUGUGGCUGAAACCAAAAAAAAGCCACUUGGAUGAAUAGUAAAUGGUCUGUAUUUAUAAAGCGCUUUACUAUAUCUGGAAUGAUACCCAAAGCGCUGUACAUUAUACAUCACAUUCACCCUUUCAUUCACACACUGAUGACGGACUCUGCCAUGCGAGGGGCUUACCACCACCCAUCAGGAGUAAGGGUGAAGUUUCUUGCCCAAGGACACAACGGCCUUGUAUAAGAUGGUGAUAAUUUUGCAGUCUGUUUACAGCUCUUUGAUACAUACGGUAGCAACUGGGAUGAUGAAAUAUGGGCAUGAAGUCAACUGAAGUUCUGAUGUCUUGGCUAAAUGGUUCGAUUUUGUGGUCCAUGUAAAAUUGGUGAUUUGCGUGUCAGUUUUGUCAACUUUUCAACUCAUUCUUAUUUUCAUUUUAAUGCCAUCCAGGACUAUAAUGGGGGUAUUUCCUUGUUAAACCCCUGACAAAAGCAUGACAGUAUAUUGUUCUACCUCAUCAUGCAGGUUGGCUAAGAGCGAAAGUGACUGUAUGAACAAAGCAAAACUGAGCAAAACAGGCAAAUGUCAUCUAUUGAAAAGAAAAUGUGACUUUGUGGCUUACUUUUCAAAUGCAGAGCAGCAGUAGUAGACAUUUACAGGGAGAACCUUUGAUAACUAACAAGUAGAAAAGCUUGUGUGUUAUCACAAAGACUGAUUUUCAUCCAAUGGCAAUUCAAAAUGUCUAUGAAAAAUGCCAUGACAUGCUAAUGCAGGGGUCGGGAACCUUUUUGGCUGAGAGAGCCAUGAAAGCCAAAUAUUUCAAAAUGUAUUUCCAUGAGAGCCAUAUAAUAUUUUUUAACACUAAAUACAACUAAUUAUGUGCAUUUUUAAGUCAGACCAACAUUUUUAGAGUAUAAUAAGUCUCUAAUUCUUUUUAAUAACAUUGUUAUUCUAAAGUUAACCAAUAAUAAAUAUAAUACUUCUUACCAUUAAUGCGACAUCUUGAACAGGUGUGAUAGAAAACGGAUGGUUGGAUUAAAAUGCAUGAGAAUGUUUUAUAAUUUGAAUGUUAUUUUUAACAUUGUGAUUACCAGCAGAAUUAUUAAUUACUUAUCGUGUUAAGCAAUGUCAGCUAAGAUUUAUCUGAGAGCCAGAUUCAAUCAUCAAAAGAGCCACAUCUGGCUCUUGAGCCAUAGGUUCCCUACCCCUGUGCUAAUGCAUAGAACAAUGUAUUAUAGCCUUCAAUUUUCCUUCAGUCUUUACAAUUGUUUUUAUGAAAAACUAAUGAUUGCCUGGCAAGACAAAACUUGUGAAUAUUUUCCUUUAUCAAGGGCAUCGUAUAUCUAAUCUGAGAGGAUGGUGCAGGAUCCAAAGUAUGUAUUGCAUCCUCUAAAACAGGGUCAGGCCCAGACAAUGAUUGAUUUUGGACCCAUGCAGCACCAUCCUCUCAGACUAGAGCUGUCAUACUCGAAUCUGUGAGCAUGAAUGAACUGAUGUGCUUGAAUGACAAGCGAAAAUGUAUUCUUAGACAAUCUAAACAGUCUGGUUGUGAUUGAUUCAAUGCCCUGAAAACAGUUUUAAGAAAUGUCAUUAAGCUUUUGAUUUAAAUUGUUGAAUGUCUCUUUUUCUACGGCUCAAGUUGCAUGUAGCACCGUGCCGCAGUCUAAAAUGUGAUUCAUGGAUGAAUACUUAACCUGCAUAUAUUGUAAAUAGAGUUUGUAUGCUGGUAGCAUCUGUUUAUUUUUAUGUGUGCAACAACAAAAAGGUUGUACAAUGUUAGUGCCAACGGGAGACCCACUAGUUGUGUUCAGCAGUGCCUGUCUGAUAGUGUGUCUCAGUGGUUUGUGUUAACAAAUGUAUAACCCACUUGUAUUAUUCUGUUAAUGUAUAAUGUUUAUGUAUGUAUUUUCAUUCAUGCUCAUUUGAGCUCAGUUCUAAGAUCCAAUAAAAAAACAGAAACAACUACAUUAGCUGAAAUUAAAAUAUAAACACUGCAGUUGCUAUGGAAAGUAAUACAGUUGUAUUAUUAAAGCUUAGUCUGAUUAUGCAA